UUUAGCAUCUUAACAUACUGGUACCAUUGACUUCAACGAUGUUUACAGCUAGGUAGCUGCCUGAGAGCUGGUAACAACAACCUGGCGUUAUGUAACUUGAUGCUAAAAUUGGCUCGGUAGCACUUAUUUGGGUAGCCAUGCAAUUUAGCAAGCUUGUCAUCGCCAGUGAGUGGCCAGCGCUAGCUCUGUGUAGCAAUUGUUUUUUUUUGUUGGUGCCAAAAAUAAAAUGGUUUGUUUAGUGAGGUGGAAAACUACAUCAGUAAUUUAAUACAGUUGCAUUGGGUUGCCAGUUAUUAAGUAGCAAGCUAACGAUGACUAAUAUAUGCGUAAUUAACAAGUAGGUAACCAUAGGUAGUCUAUAUAGCUAGUUGGCAAGCAGAAAUUGCCUUUCUGAAAUUGGAUAAAUGUGACACCAAGUUGGCAUCUCAUGAAAGCAAUGUGUGAAGGUCCCUCUAUGAUAUCUGGACCCAUCCCGCCGGACCCCACUCUUUUCCCCGAGUACUACAGAAGACCUGCCUCUGCUAGAGGACGUUUGGAGGGGAACGCUGAGGCGAAUGCAGCCCUGCUGUUGGGUCCUUUAGCCCCGGAUCCCUCGCUGUAUCCGGGGUGCUACAGCGCACGUGCCCCACCUCCCCGUCGGAUCGGCGCCAAUGCCACGCACAUCCUGGAGAGGGACCGCAAGGGGAUGGUGGGGUCCCUGCUCGCACUAGAGGGGGUCGCUCUUCACCCCAGCCCCCCCAGACUCAAGCAGCAGGUGCGGGAUUAUGGGAAGGAGAAUGUGCGGAGGCUCCGGGAGAUCCAAAAACGCUGCCGGGAGCAGGAAGCAGAGAGGGAGCGCAGCCGUCCUGUUCCUGUCAAGGCUCUCUGGACCUCCCCCAAGUACCAGGAUGUGCCCUCUAAAGUGAUGACCCAUCUGCAGGAGACCAGCCCCCCCAAGAAGCCAGAAUGCCAGAAUUUCCUGAAAGGACAUUCCCGCUGCGGCUCCGCUGGUCUGCCCCGCCCACGCUCCAGCCCCUCCCCCAACACUGGCUCCUCCCCCCACUCUGAGAUAUGCGUGCAGGGCAGGGCUGUGGAUUUUGUGAGCUUCAACGCCCGCUCAGCUGGAAAGGCCUCUCUACGCCGCUCACAGUCCCUGCAGAACCUGGCACCCAAACAAGCCCCGCCCACUCCCUCACAGAAGGGCCGUGUGCCGCAAUAUCUGGAGGAGAGGAAACAACAGUGGCGUCGUGAGGAAGAGGAGAGGAGGAAGAACAUACCUGAUCCCUCCAUCCCACCUGGACACACCCAGAUGUCCGAGCAGGAGAGACUGGAAACGCUGGAGUCUCUCAAAAACACCCAGCAGUCCCUGGUGAAGGAGCUUCUCUCACUCCCAGUCCGAGUCGACACUUUGAGCGUCCGCACGCGGCGAGCUCAACUGGACCGUAAACUGUCUGAGGUGGAGGAGGCCAUCAAGAUCUUCUCGAGGGACAAGGUCUACGUCAAGAUCGAUUCCUAACAGCCCUGGUUCUGGGGGGUCCAAACGAGGACUGCUGUCCUCACACUGCUGUCCGGUGCUUGAGGGUUUUUAAUUGGACUAAGCACAUACAGAGCAACUGUGCAGACGAUGUUUGUCUGCAGAAGAAGCUGUAACAAUCCAUUCCCACUUCCAGUAUAACCAGGACGCAUUUUUGGCAAGAGCUGUGAAACAGAAUUUGUCUGUGAAUCAGACUUAGUUCUCAGCUGCUAAUGACUUGCUGAAAUAUGAACUGAAUAGCAGCCUUCUGGUUUUCAUACAGCUCCCAGCUCUGUCCGGCACUGAGUGUUUUGUCCACGGGCCAUUCUGUAGGCUUAGCCGACGCCGUCUUUGGAACAUCAAUUAUGUAAAUGCACAAAUUUGUGUGUGGAAUUAUAAUAGAUUCUAGUCGCGAGCUGGAACUUGAUCCGGGGGGGGGGGGGGGGGACAGCACUGUCCACAUCUUCAGCUGUCAAUGUUCAGAUUGAGAAGAGAAGCACCGGUGUUUGGAGGCUGUCGUAUGGAUAGCUGGGUUUGAGAGGACAGUGUUCUGGCGGUAUGUAACCAUAGCAAUUCCACGAGGGGUGCAAGGUACCAUAGACUCUUAUAGACCCACCAGAUACUCCGCUCUGUUUUUCUGAUAUUUCUGCCCCCACUGAAGCCAAAACAUUCCAGUUUAAUAUGUCUUCUGAAUGUUUGAGAAAGCGUGUCAGCAAGUAUAGUACUGUGGCAAUAGAUGCUCUGUACUGUAAUACAGCACCAGAACCUCCUGUAGUUAAGGAUCAGAGAAGAUGGAAGGAACACAGGGGCUCAGUAUCUGGUGACGCGACGGAAGUAAAAGUAAUUCUGUUUUACUUUCAUUAAAUACUUAAACAAAUUUUCAGACGGUGUCUGAAACGUCCUACUAUUUUACAUUACAGUGUACAGUUAACAUUGUUGUCAUAUUUGCCGUCAUCCAUGUACAGUACAUUACAAACAUGAUGCAUUUUUUUAGAAUAUGAAUAUGAAGAAAGGUAUUUUACAGCUACUGACUACAGUGGGAAUAAACAGAUUAUGACAAAGAGAUUAAAUCAAAGUAUAUAUUAACUCCAAGCUGUCACAUUUACUGUGAUUUUGAAGUGUGUUGUACAUAAUACCAACCCUACAUAGGGUGUGAAUAGGCCAUGCAGGAGUGCUACGUCAUCAUACUGUCUAAUAUGGCUUCUCUAUGAAAUCCCGCAAUGGAAGUCAGUAUGGAGUAGUGUUAAUUUGGAGCACCCUGUGACAGUCUGUGUUGCUUUCUGUAUAUAUUGAUUUAUGUUUAUAUAGUACUUAUGAAGGCAUAAUGCAGUUCUUAUGAAGGUUUUUACAGUCUUACACUUCACAGGAGUGUAUGUCUGUCUCAAUUUUCCAAAUCCUGUUCCGUUGAGAAUUUUGGCAAGGGAUUUAUUCUGUCUGUUGACUGAUUCUUUACCCAGUUUUUUUU